AUGGCGCAGACUCAGGGCACCAGGAGGAAAGUCUGUUACUACUACGACGGAGAUGUUGGAAACUACUAUUACGGACAAGGCCAUCCAAUGAAGCCUCACCGAAUCCGUAUGACUCACAAUUUGCUACUUAACUAUGGUCUCUACCGAAAAAUGGAAAUCUAUCGCCCUCACAAAGCCAAUGCUGAGGAGAUGACCAAGUACCACAGUGACGACUACAUUAAAUUCUUGCGCUCCAUCCGCCCAGAUAACAUGUCCGAGUACAGCAAGCAGAUGCAGAGAUUCAACGUCGGUGAGGACUGUCCGGUAUUUGAUGGCCUGUUUGAGUUCUGUCAGUUAUCUACUGGUGGCUCUGUGGCGAGUGCUGUGAAACUUAAUAAGCAACAGACGGACAUCGCUGUGAAUUGGGCCGGGGGCCUGCACCAUGCAAAGAAGUCUGAGGCAUCUGGCUUCUGUUACGUCAAUGAUAUCGUCUUGGCCAUCCUGGAACUGCUGAAGUAUCACCAGAGGGUGCUGUAUAUUGACAUUGAUAUUCACCACGGCGAUGGCGUGGAAGAGGCCUUCUAUACCACAGACCGGGUCAUGACUGUGUCCUUUCAUAAAUACGGAGAGUACUUCCCAGGAACUGGGGACCUACGGGAUAUUGGGGCUGGCAAAGGCAAGUAUUAUGCUGUUAACUACCCGCUCCGAGAUGGGAUCGAUGACGAGUCCUAUGAGGCCAUUUUCAAGCCGGUCAUAUCUAAAGUGAUGGAGAUGUUCCAGCCCAGUGCGGUUGUCUUACAGUGUGGUUCCGACUCCCUGUCUGGGGAUCGGUUAGGUUGCUUCAAUCUGACCAUCAAAGGGCACGCCAAGUGUGUGGAGUUUGUGAAGAGCUUCAACCUGCCUAUGCUGAUGCUGGGAGGAGGCGGCUACACCAUCCGUAACGUGGCCCGCUGCUGGACGUAUGAAACAGCAGUGGCCUUGGACACAGAGAUCCCGAAUGAGCUUCCGUACAACGACUACUUUGAAUACUUUGGACCAGAUUUCAAACUUCACAUCAGUCCUUCCAAUAUGACCAACCAGAAUACCAAUGAAUACCUGGAGAAGAUCAAACAGCGACUGUUUGAGAACCUGAGAAUGCUGCCCCAUGCACCGGGGGUCCAAAUGCAGGUGAUUCCUGAGGACGCCAUUCCUGAGGAGAGUGGCGACGAGGAUGAAGAAGAUCCUGACAAGCGCAUCUCGAUCUGUUCUUCUGACAAACGAAUUGCCUGCGAGGAAGAGUUCUCGGACUCUGAUGAGGAGGGUGAAGGCGGUCGCAAGAACUCUUCCAACUUCAAAAAAGCCAAGAGAGUCAAAACUGAGGAUGAAAAAGAGAAAGACCCAGAAGAGAAGAAAGAAGUCAUAGAAGAGGAGAAAACCAAGGAGGAGAAGCAAGAAGCCAAAGGGGUCAAGGAGGAGGUCAAGUUGGCCUGAGCAGACCUCUCCAGUUCUGGCUUCCUGCCAAGUUCCCCACCUUCCUCCCACAAGCCCUCAGAUUUUAUAUUUUCUAUUUCUCUGUGUAUUUAUAUAAAUAUAUAUUAAAUAUAAAUAUCCCCUGGGACUAGACAGGAACCAGGGCCCUGAGCCCAGGGCACGUGUUAGGAGUGAGCUUUUAUAGUGGCUGUGGCUGCCUUGCUGCCACCCAGCCUUCCCCAGUUACUACUUUUGAACCAUAAAGGGUGCCGGGUCUGGAAGGCAUACUCUUAAGCAGCCAUAGGACAAAAUCCUGAAAUGCCAAGUGCCUGCUUAAUAGCUUUGGAGAGGUGCCCUUAUUGAGCAUUCUAGGAGUGGUUGGGUCUUCAGAGACACCCCUCGCCCCCUGCCUAAAUCAGGCUCCUUAAGGUAACAUCAGCCAUUUUUAGGUUGGUUCUGUUAUCAUACCUUCCCCACUAGCCCCAUGUGAGCCAAGGAACUCACACUGCCUGCCCUCUAUCCUCGCCCAAUUCUGCAGGUGGAGAUUGGUGGUUUAGUAUCCUUUUUGAGAUACUAUUUUCAUUUUCGUGAGAAUCUUUGUAAUAAAUUGGUACAUUUCUACAUCCUCCUGA